UAAUAAUAAUCUUUAUUAUCCGUUAGGAAAUUUGUCUUACAAUUUGUGCAUUACAUCAAACAAACAUUCUAUAUAGACUCAAGAUCUAUCUAAAGAAAACCAAAAUGUACAUUCACACCAGACUCUCAUAAUUUACAAUUACAUCAUAAACAUUGACCAUGGAUUGCAACAUCCCUUACCAUCCUGGACUUCUGUUGGGGCGAUCAGUGGACAUGAAGCGUUUACAACUAGGUUACAUGCUGGUUGAUGAAGAAGUCAGACCAAUAUGCCCAACGGUUCGGUUCACAACAUCACAGUUUACUUAUGUUCACUCUUUGAAAGAUAUCUGUGACAUUUUGUCCAUACCACCAGAGUACGCUUUGAAAGUAAAGGCUAGAAAAAUAACAGAUGAAGUUGUGAAGGCUUGUCUUGAUGCCAUUGGAAAUAGGGACUCUUCAUUUUCUGUUAUAUUUAAAAUAUCAUUUCUGCAGCAAAAGCAUUAUUUGCCAAGUAAUGCUGUGACCAGUCGCCAGAACAGUAAUAAAGAAGAGGCCACAAAAAAUAGUCUUCUUGCAGCUGCAAUUGCUGAUCUAGAUUCUAUUAAUUUAUGCAGAAGUAUCCAAGACUUUGGUACUCAUUGGGUGAAAGCCCUUGAAGUUGGCAAUGAGAUGAUUACCAUCAUGAAAAUUUCUUGUGAAGAUUCGGAAAAAUUUACAAAGCUGGAUAAUAAAAUCAGGCAAAGCUUGAAAGCUCACAAAGGACCAAUCACAUCAGAAGUGCUAAUGUCUCUGCUGAAUUUCGCUAAAGAAGUUGACAAGAAAUUAUCCAAGAAACAUUACAAAGAUGUCCAACUUCAAAUCCAAUAUUGUUGUUUUGAGGGAUUGCCCAAUUACCCAGCAAGCAUUACUGGGAUGGUCAAAGCUAUUGAAAGUUUUAUGGACAUAUGUACGGGAUGGACAGAAAAGCAUCGAUACACUGAAGAAUGUCAACUGGGGUCCAAUCUGAUGACAUUAAGAUCUGGUGUUGAUGUGGAAGAAAAGUCAACUUUGCAAAGUAUGAGGAAUGCCUUUCAAAGUUUUGUUUCUGGUGCUGGUGGUAAUGAUGUUAAAGCCUCAGCUGUUGAAUAUCAUCCAUCAGGCGAAGGCUCUGUAGAUUUUGAUGACAUUGAAAAUGACGUACAUGAAAGUUUUGUAGUGUUAGAUAAUCAAAACUUACAAACUUUCUACUACUUAAGAGCCACAUUGCAAACCUUUGACAAUGAGACAGCAUUCACUGACUCAAGAAGCUAUAGCAGUUUGGCACUAAGUCAAUAUCCGGAAGCAACUUACAAUCUGUUUGAAAAAAUCUACAAUGGUCUUUGUAAUUGUGAUGAGGCAGUUGAAAGAAUUCAGAAAUUUUUGGCUAGCAAACGGUUCUUGGAUGAUGUUAGAGUUGUAGAGGGCAACAAAGUGUUGAAAAAGAUUCAGACCAUUCACCUGGCAGUUCAUGAUGCUGUUCACAACCUUGACCUUGUCAGCUUACCCUCUGAAAGUAGUCUCCAAGAUGUGUUAAAUGUGAAUGCUUUGGAGAUUGUAGAAAACUUUAUAGAGACAGUGACAUCUAUUCUGCCCCCAGGCAGUGACCUUGACUUGCUGAUGAUUGGAAAAACAGGUCACGGAAAAAGUUCCACUGGCAACUCUAUAUUAGGAAAAGACAAGUUUGCCGCUUCUUCAGAUAACAUUUCUGUAACAACUCGCACUUCAGUUGGCUGGGUAAACAUUGAUGGACGCACCAUCAAAGUGGUAGAUACACCUGGUGUUUGUGAUACCAACCUGGAAGAAGAGGAAGAUUCUAUUGAGAUGGCCAUCAAGUCUAUCAGUGAUGCUAUAGCUAACUGUCCAGAUGGGUUCCAUGCCCUCCUUUUGAUCAUAAGGUUUGGAAUUCGUAUGACAACUGAAGAGAGAAAAGCUAUAGGACUGUUGAAAUGUGUCUUGGGUGAGGAUGUGAUCAAAUCAAACUCUAUCUGUGUCAUCACUUAUGGGGACAACUUUGAGCUGGAAAUGUCCAAAUCCAAAACAACCUUUGAAGAAUGGUGCAGAAAUCAGAGGGGAUUUCUGGGUGACCUGUUUCAGGAGUGCAAGUAUAGAUGUGUGCUGUUCAAUAACAAAGCUGAAGAUGCCAAAGCCAAAAAAAGCCAGUUAAUUGAACUAGUUGCUAAGGUGGACAGUUUAAAAGGAAAUGGCACCCGCUACACUAAUGCCAUAUUUCAGUUUGCACAGAAUGUGCGGUCCAAGAUCAUCGCUGAAAAGCAGGUGCCUCAAGUCAGUGAAGAUAUGGUACGAGACAUCCAGAUGAUCAUUGUACAUUUAAAUGGAAUGAUAGGGAACACUAGUCAAUCCCAUUAUAAAGAAGAGCUGUCCAGACUUAAAGAGAGAGUGGACAAUCUAAACAAUAGAGUGAGUGAAGCAGAAGUAGGUCAGUUUGGCAAACUUGUUGAUACUAUAUUUGAAUUGGCUUCAACUAUACACAGCAAGAUGGACGAGAUAGCUGACAGGCCUGCCCCAGAUACACCUGAUAAUGCUUUAGACCAAACAGUUGAGCAAGAAAUAGGAAACGGACAAGUUGUAAACCAAGAAGACACUUCAACUGACAAUACCUUUUUAGACAGAUUUCGUGGAGAGCUACAAGGCUACUAUGACACAGAAAUAAGUCCCCAAAACAGUAUGGUCAAUGAAAUGGUAAGCGAGAAGGUUAAGGAACAAGUGCAACAAGAACAUCAGUGUUUUUCAGGUGACUCCACAGUCUGUCUGUCAACAGGAGAGCAGAUCACUCUCAGUAAACUAAGGAUUGGUGAUAAAGUGCUUUGCAGAAAUAGCAACGGUCAGCUUGGUUUUGAGACAGUGUACAUGUUUGGCCAUCAAGAUGCCCAGGUGUUCAGCAAUUUUGUUGUCCUGGAAACAUUAAAUAGUCAAGUUUACCUGACAGAUAAACAUUAUAUAUACUGUGAAAGAGAGGGAGAGGAGAGAUGUUUAGCUGCUAAAGAUGUCAAUACUGGAGACAGCUUGCUUUUUGUGUCUGGUGAUAACCUCACCCAAUCCACUGUGCUGAGAGUGGGCUACGAAAGAAAGCAAGGUCUUUUUGCACCCUUUACUAACAGCGGCACUAUUGUUGUUGAUGGGCUUCUGGCCUCCUGCUAUGUGAAUGUUCUACAGCCACAGUCUUGUCAUGGUUGGCUGUGGCCCAUGAGACAGCUGUAUAAAUUAUCCCCUGGUACAUUAGCAUAUCUCAAUGGGUCAUCUUCAAAUCAACCCAUUCCAAAGUGGGCCAGGGCUUUCACUAAAUUAUUGUAAAAAAAAAUUGUGAAAAUGAUAUAAAAUGUAAUGGAGAUUUAUUUAACGUUUUAACUAAAAAAAAUGUAGCACAAGAUUUUCUUUUUUUUUUGUAGAUCUAUAUAAAAGUACAUGACUUGAUUUGUGAGAUUAAUUCUUAUUCCAUUACUCUGAAAAUGUAAUUCAAAUUAAAAGAUCCAGCCAAUUCUCCUGGAUGAAAUAAUGGAAACUAUAAUGAUUCAUUGCUAAGCAUGAACAGUACAUUUAAAUGGACAGACAGUAUCGGACAUGUGUAUAAUGCUUAGUGAUGAGUAUCUAAUUCAACUCGGAAAUCGAUUACUUGAAGCAAAAUUAAUUUUAACCCUUCAAAUUUCCCAGAAAUUGAGUUAAUUGCUAUGUUUGUACAUGUCUUUGUUAUAUAAAAAUAAUAUCAAUCAAUUAAUAAUAGAUUCUAUAUUAAUCAUGCAUUUGAAAUGUUUAUAUUAUUUUCUUAUGUAAGUAUGCAACUACUACUGUGAUUAAUUUGUUGUUUCUAAGUCAGUCCUUUCAAUAAUAUUUUUUUUUGGUACAUAUUUACACAUAUACAUACAUAAACAAGAUUGUUUAGAAGUUGUUUAAUUGAUGUACAAAAAACAACAACAUUUCUAUUGACAGUAUUUUGUUUAUGUCACAUCUGGGUCUGCAUCCAAGAAAAAUACUGCACUCGUUUCAUUUUCUUCUGACUUUAAGACAAUGCCUUAUUAGUUUUGUUUGUUUCUAGUUGAUAUGUAUUUCUAAUAUAUAAAGGGAUAGAUUUUUGUAAGCAUUCUAAUUGUUUAAAGGUGGGUUUAUUUGUAUCUCAAUGUUAUUGUUUAUUUAAGAUUGUAUUUCAAUUUUAGAAUAAAUUUAGUGUUGAAGCAAAA